UUUUGUUUUUGUUUUACACUGGACGACAGGGGAAGAGACUCGGGGAGAUUGUUCUCUUUAAAGUAUAAAUAAGGGCAGUUCGUCGGUAUGUUUCUCCACGAAAAGGUCCACUGACGACGUACUACUGCUUGAGUUAUCUCCGGAGGUCGCUUUCCUUGAGUUUGUGCAGUUUUUAUGGCACCAAAAAAGACAGCGUUACCCAAACCGCUCCCAGAGGGCUUCAUACUGACGGACACUGAGAAGAAGAAAUGGAGACUUGGGGAAAUCAUCGGUCAAGGGGGCUUUGGACUGAUCUAUCUCGCCUCCCAGGAUGUAGACCGCCCCGUUGCAGCAGACACGGACUUUGUCAUAAAAGUGGAGUACCAGGAGAAUGGCCCCCUGUUUUCGGAGCUCAAGUUCUACCAGAGGGCAGCCAAACCAGAGAGCAUGCAGAAAUGGAAGACAAGCAGGAAGCUGGACUUCCUUGGCAUCCCGACAUACUGGGGGUCAGGGCUUGCUGAACAUAAUAACCUCAGGUAUCGUUUCAUGGCUAUGGACCGUCUGGGCAGUGACCUUCAGAAAGUCUGUGAGAAAAACGGAGGUCGUCUGAAGAAGGCCACCGUGCUGCAACUUAGCCAAGGACUGGUGUCCGUUCUGGAAUAUAUUCAUGAACAUGAGUACGUUCAUGCAGACAUUAAAGCUGCCAACCUCAUGCUGGGUUACAGAGACCCUGAACAGGUCUACCUGGCAGACUAUGGGCUGUCUUACAGAUACUGUCCUGAUGGGGACCACAAAGAAUACAAAGAAAACCCCAAGAAGGGCCACAACGGAACCAUGGAGUACACCAGCCUUGAUGCCCACAAAGGUCUUGCUCCAUCUAGACGGGGUGACCUCCAGAUCUUGGGCUUCUGUCUUCUACACUGGUUAUGUGGAUCUCUGCCGUGGGACAGCGAUCUCAAGAACCCAGUGCAGGUCCAAGAGGCCAAGGCCAGGCUGAUGGAUAAUCUGCCAGGCUCCGUCCAGCAGCUGUCUGUGAGUGGAGCCAGCACAGAUGAGGUGGCUGCAUUCCUUCUUUAUGUCAAAACCAUGGACUACCAGGAAAAGCCAGACUACCUGCAUGUCAAGAAACUGUUGGGAAGUGUGGUCAAAGGAAAGCUUGACCUCUCUGUGCCUAAAGACCCUGCUGAAAAGCCCACCACAAAGAGGCAAGAUCCUACAACCAGGGAAAAGGAAGUGGGAGGAGCCAGAGGGGCAUCCAAAGUGAAGGCUGCAGCCACUGAGGUGGAUGAGGAACCAGAAGAGGAGAAGAGAAAGUCUAAACCUGUACCAGCUCGCAACACAAGAGGACCUCCCAUCACUAAACCUCAGUCCCAACAGGAGGACGAUGAUGCUUUACCAACUGUCAGCAGAUCACUGAGGCCAAAGAGGGGACCUCGGGUGAAUUAUAAAGAAGAUGACAGUGAGGAUGAAGAUGAAGAGGAGAAGGAGGAGACGGCCAGACCCAGACCCAUACCUGAAUGCUAUUUGAGAGGCCCCCCGAUAGGCCUGAGAAAUCAGCCAAAACAGGAAACUAAAUCCAACUGGAGCUGCUGGGAAGGAGACGACCUCACUGUGACCUCAGAGCGACAACUCCGCCCACAAAGGAGAAAACACAAACAGUCAGAAUGUGAAAAGGAGGAUCAAUCAAACAUGGACUCUCAUGAGCGAUUCGAUGAAAGGCUGCUGAACCACAGAGACGGCUACAGCUAUCAACAGUGGUGGGAUAGCGAGCACCGAGACGGCCACGGUGAACAGGGAGCGUCUGCUCGCCGAGGUCCAAAAAAGGAGGCCGAUCCUGUGCAGCGAGGGGGACUGUGGUCUCGGCUCAUCUUUGUGAGCGUCUUCCUUUUCCUGGGUACGGUUAUUGGAGUUUGUCAAAGCGAGUUUAAUCCCUUUUUUUGA